AUGCUGCAGCAGAUGUUUGUUGAAGAACGCAUCAGAUCCGAUGGUGAUUCUGGUGUAAAGCAAGUGCGCCUCAGUAACAGUGGAACACGAAACUACUUUUCAGACACCCAUGGCAACUCUGGAAGACUUAUGUCUAUUCAUGAACACGCAAACAAUAUCCGCACGGUGGGCCUGGGAGAAUUCAUUGGCGUCCUUAAUGGAGUAGAAUUUAGGACAAGACACAACGACUACCGACUCUACAUGGCAAGCAAAUCCAGCAAAGAAUACCAUGCAACGGAGCCGAUUCCAUUUCCAGAAGUGCCACCAGAGGUGAAAAAUAAAGCUACCGUGGACGAACAAAUCGUGGAGAUGCGUGAGUGGUUCAAGGCAUGGAAGUUACAAAAUCACACUAUUAGAGAUUACAGGAAGUAUUUCAAGCCUGUACUGUGCUUUCUAGAAGGCGCAUGGACCACAGCAACAAAAGACAUCGAUGAACCGUUUGAAAGUGACAGACAUUUUAUUGACGCCCAAACAUGGUUCGACUUACAGGAAAAAGUCCGCUUUACUUCUUACACUGGCAGAAAAGACAAUCUUGAAAACUUUUCCUUCCUUCCAACCACCAUUAUCGACAUUAUCAACGAAACGAUCCCUGUCUUUGCUCAAUGGAAUUACCGCAUUUUGUGUCACCCAGUGAGUCGCGAUAUCCCCUUAAACAGGUUUCGUGUGGUUGACGAUUUCCAUGCCAGGCUUCCUGCGCGAAGAAAAUACGACGAACAAAAAAACUUCCGUGCAGCAAGAUUCCAAAUCAACCCUCGAGACUCGGACACGUGGACCGAAAGAUACAACAAUCCGAGGUAUACACUGCUUGAUGAGCUUAUGAGCGAAAUUCCUGGAAAAGACAACUAUCAAGCUAAUCUAACAGAUGAGGCAUUUGACCUGCCAGCUCACACCAUUGACCCAAAGAAGAGCGGAAAAAUAAAUGCCGGUUACUACCAUCGCUGGUUUAAAGUCUUGGAGAAAGACGCAAUGGGCCAAUCCUUUAGGCGUCGUGGCUAUGCCGAUGAAAACCUGUUCAUGGCCAUGACUACCCAACCUAAAGUGGCUGGUAUGACGCUCAAGACCUGCAAGGGGCCCAAAAAGCGGCCGAGAUGUAAGACGGUCAACCAAAAGUUUUCGUACGCCAUUCCACUUGAAAUAAUCUACAUGACACCACUAAACAGAUGGAACCCAUUUAACCUUGAAUAUAAAGGUGACGAGAGGACGCCGUACGGAAAGACCGUGUGGCUUGGUGGUCGCUAUGGAGGAAGAACUCCGGACAAGGCUUACAAUGGCACCAAUAGUAAGAAGUACUAUCUAACUCCAUCGGCCUUCUUUUCAGGGAAGGAAGUUAGCAGCGACGCUGCAGACACCACAAAGAAUAGCGUUGGAGUUUUGGAUCGGAAUGGAAUUGACGUUAGGAUCACUCGAGCCAGCGGAACACGAAUCUUUCUUCCAUCCAUUAAUGGCGUAGGGAUCUGUCGACAGCGAUAUCCCAUAAUGCCAGUUCAUGGAGAGGGAAGCGCUGUUUGGAAGGAACUUGAGGCAACUAAAGAUAUCCUGAUGAAAUCCAACACCUAUAACUACAUCUACAGGGAACCACUUGCAGGAAAAACCGGUGUUUCCCCAACGGAACCUGCGAAGAGAUCCUUGACUUUGAGGAUGAUCUCGGCGCAGAAAACACCCCCAGGACCGCAUAUUCAUGAGGUCACUUUGACACCAGAGCAGGUGGAGCUUGCUAUGAAAGGGACACGUAUCAAGAAUCUUAUCACCACAACUGGAGCUGGUCACCAACAUAAAAUUAACAUUCAAAGAAGAAACAACAAAUGGUUUAUAAAUUACUGUGCUGGUGGGUGUGACCAAGGGAUGUUUCGAUGCUGUGACAAACAUGGCAUGAACUUAAAUGUGGACCCUAAUGCUUAGAAUCCACUUGUAUUGUUGACUGGAUACAUUAACGAUAUGACAAUGAUAUUUCACGGUAAAUACAACAAGGUGCCUAAAAUAAAAUGCAAAGUGUAUCUUAAUCUGUGGUUAAAUAAAAUGGGGAAUAAACAAUUUAAAUGCGUUAACUUAGUUGAUGUAACAUUUCGUGGAAAAAUAGCAUAAUUUUGUCAUAAUUUUACAAUUUGAAAGCAACUCAACACUCCAGUAGCAAGGAACCAAUAUGAAAAGGCAGGUCUCGGAAUUUUGUGGGAACGUCCAGAAAACUAACCAAUCAACUCAUAAUCCAGCGCUCUGACUGUGUGUGUUCUGCCUUGCAUGCACGUCCUUCCGCAAAGUUUUCCUUUUUGGCGCGGAUCUUAACUGUUAUGUAGGGGGCGCCGUCCUUCACUCCGUCCAACAUUCCUUCCUCUUCCCCUCCAUUCCCCCAUCAAUAACCAGCAGCUAGAGAAGAUCUCCAUGGAAUCGUAGGAUGUGAUCAAGCCAAUUCUCUGUCUUUAUUUAUUGAUAACAGAUAUCCUUGUAAGGCCUUUAAAACCUUAGCUUCAGUUUAAAAGCUGGUUAAGAUACAGUCUAUAGUAAGCAAGCAUACGUUUCUGGUCAGUGACUAGCUUCACAACUCUAACUUUCCAAGUUAACGAAUUCGACCACGUUCACCUUUUCUUUUUCGAUGAUGUUUUUUUGGCAAACCCCCGUGAGAGCCUUUUCCUUUUGAUUUUUCCAAUCAUUUUUACUUUAUACAUGACUAGCCUGUUCCAGGCUCCGAGAUGGUGAUGAAAAGUCGUUCAGUAAAAAGAAAAUGCGAAAAAGGCCAUUUUUCCGCCGCCACCGCCCCCUUUCCCAAGUCGCGCGCGUCUUAUUUUCGCUUUGCUCGUUUUAAUACGUACCCUAUAUACUAUCUGAGAACCUGGCACAGGCUAAUAAAUGACCAGCUCGGUGUCCCAUCUUUGCCCUACCUAAGAAAUCCACUAAUAAAGGUUAACACUCUUAGUAUGUGAUCGCUUUGAACUAUAAAAUGCGCGGCAGGCACCUUUCACAAACAUUCCGACGUCAAGCUCAGUUGCGUUUAUAACUGCGAGGACCUUCCUUACGGUUUAUUUGCAUAAGCAGCAUUAUUCUCACUGAACGACAAUACAAAUAUAAUUAACGUCAUUGACGGGCCACUUUUUAGGCAUGUGGCAACUUAUAAAACAGGUCAAAGAGCGAUUUUGAGAGCAAGAUGGUCAUCGUACAGUUAUACAAUAAAGGGAUUUUUAGUAAAUACUUAUCAGCUGCUUAUGGGGGUACUAAGGGGGUCACACGAUAAUGUCAGCAAGUCGAUGUCACCUGUUUCUUCGAUGAAGCCGUUUAGUGGUAAACAAUACAUUUCGCAGACAAUUCAACACAGGCAAUAGUUUGCACUCUAAAAACAUAGGGGAAAAAUACAAAUCUUUCGAUAAUGUUAAAAAAAGGGUCCGUAAACAGAAAAGGUAAUCUAAAACGAAGAUUAGCUACUGACAAGUAUAAAAAGUCAAACACUAACUCCAAAAUUUAAGGCCUGCAUAAAAGGAAAGUUGAAAGAAAGAACAAUGACAUAAUUUCUUAUCACAACCAGAUGUUAUUUUCCCCUGGAAACACUGACCUUACGAGGCAUACUGAAUGUGUGUUACUGUGAUUAAAAAUCAACAUUAAUCAAGAAACACACAGGCUUUCAGUCUUAUUUCAAAGGUACGAUGUUAAUGUGUUUGUCAAAACAAGUACAUCAAUUAGUAAACGGUAUAAUGUUUAAAGCAAGGAACCUUUCAAAAUUGAAUUAUUAUUUCUUUCUUGCUUUAUAUUGACGUAACAGGAAAAACCGUCCACCGUUUUUUUUCUUCAAGUGGAUUUUGCAAAGAGCUUGUAGCAGGUAACUAUGGAUUUUAUUUUCCAUAAAUUUUCUUUUUGUUGUUCCAUUUUCAAAUCUACAAGAUGAACGUUUACUCGUCCACUUCUUCAACAUUUAUGCUAGAACCCUAUACUCGGAGCAAAGAAAAAAUAAAAAAACUAGCAGUAAAGUUAAGCUAGCAAGAUAACAACAAUUAACGCUGCAAGUAAGAAGGACUAUCAAUAUUCACAAACUGUACUUUCUUCAACUGAGUUUCUUUGAUUGACCUACUGAACAUUCGUUCCCUCUUGAUACAGUAAGCUACUUUAUGUUUGAUUUCUUGCCUAAACAGAUAUGGCGUUUUCGCUGCAAAUGCUAAUCUUCGUCAAACUACUUACAACGGUUACGAGCGAUGGUGAAUUCUUGAGAGGAGUAACAACUGCAUUUGCGAACGCUGACGAGAAACUAACGGCAGAACUGGAGGCCUUUCGUCAGAUCGUGGGAGCUCUGUCUCGACAAGUCAUGCUGCAGCAGAUGUUUGUUGAAGAACGCAUCAGAUCCGAUGGUGAUUCUGGUGUAAAGCAAGUGCGCCUCAGUAACAGUGGAACACGAAACUACUUUUCAGACACCCAUGGCAACUCUGGAAGACUUAUGUCUAUUCAUGAACACGCAAACAAUAUCCGCACGGUGGGCCUGGGAGAAUUCAUUGGCGUCCUUAAUGGAGUAGAAUUUAGGACAAGACACAACGACUACCGACUCUACAUGGCAAGCAAAUCCAGCAAAGAAUACCAUGCAACGGAGCCGAUUCCAUUUCCAGAAGUGCCACCAGAGGUGAAAAAUAAAGCUACCGUGGACGAACAAAUCGUGGAGAUGCGUGAGUGGUUCAAGGCAUGGAAGUUACAAAAUCACACUAUUAGAGAUUACAGGAAGUAUUUCAAGCCUGUACUGUGCUUUCUAGAAGGCGCAUGGACCACAGCAACAAAAGACAUCGAUGAACCGUUUGAAAGUGACAGACAUUUUAUUGACGCCCAAACAUGGUUCGACUUACAGGAAAAAGUCCGCUUUACUUCUUACACUGGCAGAAAAGACAAUCUUGAAAACUUUUCCUUCCUUCCAACCACCAUUAUCGACAUUAUCAACGAAACGAUCCCUGUCUUUGCUCAAUGGAAUUACCGCAUUUUGUGUCACCCAGUGAGUCGCGAUAUCCCCUUAAACAGGUUUCGUGUGGUUGACGAUUUCCAUGCCAGGCUUCCUGCGCGAAGAAAAUACGACGAACAAAAAAACUUCCGUGCAGCAAGAUUCCAAAUCAACCCUCGAGACUCGGACACGUGGACCGAAAGAUACAACAAUCCGAGGUAUACACUGCUUGAUGAGCUUAUGAGCGAAAUUCCUGGAAAAGACAACUAUCAAGCUAAUCUAACAGAUGAGGCAUUUGACCUGCCAGCUCACACCAUUGACCCAAAGAAGAGCGGAAAAAUAAAUGCCGGUUACUACCAUCGCUGGUUUAAAGUCUUGGAGAAAGACGCAAUGGGCCAAUCCUUUAGGCGUCGUGGCUAUGCCGAUGAAAACCUGUUCAUGGCCAUGACUACCCAACCUAAAGUGGCUGGUAUGACGCUCAAGACCUGCAAGGGGCCCAAAAAGCGGCCGAGAUGUAAGACGGUCAACCAAAAGUUUUCGUACGCCAUUCCACUUGAAAUAAUCUACAUGACACCACUAAACAGAUGGAACCCAUUUAACCUUGAAUAUAAAGGUGACGAGAGGACGCCGUACGGAAAGACCGUGUGGCUUGGUGGUCGCUAUGGAGGAAGAACUCCGGACAAGGCUUACAAUGGCACCAAUAGUAAGAAGUACUAUCUAACUCCAUCGGCCUUCUUUUCAGGGAAGGAAGUUAGCAGCGACGCUGCAGACACCACAAAGAAUAGCGUUGGAGUUUUGGAUCGGAAUGGAAUUGACGUUAGGAUCACUCGAGCCAGCGGAACACGAAUCUUUCUUCCAUCCAUUAAUGGCGUAGGGAUCUGUCGACAGCGAUAUCCCAUAAUGCCAGUUCAUGGAGAGGGAAGCGCUGUUUGGAAGGAACUUGAGGCAACUAAAGAUAUCCUGAUGAAAUCCAACACCUAUAACUACAUCUACAGGGAACCACUUGCAGGAAAAACCGGUGUUUCCCCAACGGAACCUGCGAAGAGAUCCUUGACUUUGAGGAUGAUCUCGGCGCAGAAAACACCCCCAGGACCGCAUAUUCAUGAGGUCACUUUGACACCAGAGCAGGUGGAGCUUGCUAUGAAAGGGACACGUAUCAAGAAUCUUAUCACCACAACUGGAGCUGGUCACCAACAUAAAAUUAACAUUCAAAGAAGAAACAACAAAUGGUUUAUAAAUUACUGUGCUGGUGGGUGUGACCAAGGGAUGUUUCGAUGCUGUGACAAACAUGGCAUGAACUUAAAUGUGGACCCUAAUGCUUAGAAUCCACUUGUAUUGUUGACUGGAUACAUUAACGAUAUGACAAUGAUAUUUCACGGUAAAUACAACAAGGUGCCUAAAAUAAAAUGCAAAGUGUAUCUUAAUCUGUGGUUAAAUAAAAUGGGGAAUAAACAAUUUAAAUGCGUUAACUUAGUUGAUGUAACAUUUCGUGGAAAAAUAGCAUAAUUUUGUCCUAAUUUUACAAUUUGAAAGCAACUCAACAUUCCAGUAGCAAGGAACCAAUAUGAAAAGGCAGGUCUCGGAAUUUUGUGGGAACGUCCAGAAAACUAACCAAUCAACUCAUAAUCCAGCGCUCUGACUGUGUGUGUUCUGCCUUGCAUGCACGUCCUUCCGCAAAGUUUUCCUUUUUGGCGCGGAUCUUAACUGUUAUGUAGGGGGCGCCGUCCUUCACUCCGUCCAACAUUCCUUCCUCUUCCCCUCCAUUCCCCCAUCAAUAACCAGCAGCUGGAGAAGAUCUCCAUGGAAUCGUAGGAUGUGAUCAAGCCAGAUUCUCUGUCUUUAUUUAUUGAUAACAGAUAUCCUUGUAAGGCCUUUAAAACCUUAGCUUCAGUUUAAAAGCUGGUUAAGAUACAGUCUAUAGUAAGCAAGCAUACGUUUCUGGUCAGUGACAGCUUCACAACUCUAACUUUCCAAGUUAACGAAUUCGACCACGUUCACCUUUUCUUUUUCGAUGAUGUUUUUUUGGCAAACCUCCGUGAGAGCCUUUUCCUUUUGAUUUUUCCAAUCAUUUUUACUUUAUACAUGACUAGCCUGUUCCAGGCUCCGAGAUGGUGAUGAAAAGUCGUUCAGUAAAAAGAAAAUGCGAAAAAGGCCAUUUUUCCGCCGCCACCGCCCCCUUUCCCAAGUCGCGCGCGUCUUAUUUUCGCUUUGCUCGUUUUAAUACGUACCCUAUAUACUAUCUGAGAACCUGGCACAGGCUAAUAAAUGACCAGCUCGGUGUCCCAUCUUUGCCCUACCUAAGAAAUCCACUAAUAAAGGUUAACACUCUUAGUAUGUGAUCGCUUUGAACUAUAAAAUGCGCGGCAGGCACCUUUCACAAACAUUCCGACGUCAAGCUCUGAACGAUCAUGAGAUGUAGGCCCCGUCCUGUUGUUUGUAUUCUUGUAACGCUACUAUUUUCUACCCUUCUUCAUGUUGUAACUAGACUGUGAGCAGUCUCUUUUCUUCAGAGUUUACAAUGAGGAGAGUGCACGCGCGAAGAAAAUAGAGCGUGAUUUCUUUCAUCAAGGAAAAAACGUUCCACGUACAAGGUUACGGUUAUUUACCUGAUGCUCCCCCCUCCGCUGAGGCCUCUUUGUCUCGCAAGGAGGCUGGGGAGAGGAAAAAAUGAAAGCGCACGGUGGACGAUGGGAAGGGGAAAGAGAGGAAGCGAGGCUCUUCCCACGUCCCAUCGUCCCCCGCGCGCUUUGUAUUUUUUUUAUUAUUGCUAUUUUUUUGGGGAUACCCAGCGGGAGCCUCUGAGGAGAAUAGAGUAUCUGACACAACUAUUUACGCUUAACCUUCAUGUCAAAUAGCACGCUGAUGAGUAGCGUCGAAGAAAAUGAAGCGUGACUUCUUGCGUCGAGAAAUUACCAGGUCACGCUUAUGUAGCUCGCCGAUAGCCACAAUUACCCCUUUUUUCGAAUAAUUCCUUUUAACUAGGAAAAAUAUAUUGAUUUAAUGACAAGCAACGACUAGAGAACUAUACACUUUCCCUGUUUACGAACUGAAUCAUAUUGUAUUUUGCAUCUGGCCUUCAGAAUUAUCGCUUUUCUUACUUGCGGUUAUUACGGAGACGACAUAACUGCAUAGUGCUUCAGUUUCUAUAGAAACUGUUAACACAAUAAACACAAUAAUGUAACUUCGACUGGAAAAAUUCGAAUAGAGAUCCCGCUUCACUACCCAAUUUAAAGAUCCUCGACGUUUUCGGGAGGACUAAUGACUAGUAAGCCCAGCAAAAGCGUAUAAAGGGGAACCGAAGAAGACUAAGAGUCUGCCCUAUGUAAGGGAAUUCAAAUUAUGGAAUCUGUGAGAUUUUCGCUUGUGGGAUUCGGAAUCCAGCAAAGUUUUGCUGUGGAAUCAGGAAUUCUGGGCUUUGGAAACAGGUGUACAGCUCAAGGAAUCCGGAAUCCCACUAACGAUUGGAAUCCGUAAUCCAAGUUCCAUUCACAGUAAAUCCGGAUCCAGUACUCGGAAUCCGGAAUCCUGGAAGUUUGUGUUGUGGAAUCCGGAAUUCGGGUCUCUGGUUUCUGGGUUUUGGGUCGAAAAAGCUAUUGUCUAAUAACGCUUCAUUUUCUAUGCGUUAAUAGGAGGCAAAGGUCAUAAAGAAUGCUUGCAUGGCCUUGGCAAGUAUUGUAGAGGCUCGAGGUGAGGAUUAAUUAAUUAUUAUCAUAGGAAGAGUUUUAGACCCUGUCCUCUAAAUUACUGACCGCAGCUCGAAAUUCUUGUUACUUUAAAAGUUCCGUUGAGAUGAUGCUUUACUUUGUUUACAAAUUUCCUUUUACUUCUUCAGAGGUGUGCGCUUACCAGCUGCUCAAGGCCGAGGGGGUAGAGAGCAUCAUUGCUGCCUACAAGUAGGCAAUGCUCUCUGUCUGUUAAAUUGCUUUAUGCCCAUAUAGUGCAUCCUUCAAUAAAGGACUUUAUUGCAGCUGUCUUUUUGCAACGUGGUCUUUUGCGAAAUAGGAUUACUCGUAGCCUACGAAAACAGCAGUCUCUCCUCAGUCGCUCUUCGCUGCCAUGGACGUUUCGCCAGCGUUUCGUCCCUAGCGGUGAGGAACCUGCCUCUUACCCAGACGUCUCUCUCUCGAAGAAAAUGUGCGCGCAAAGGAAGGCGGGAAGGAGACAACAGGCUUCGCCUGCUGUCUGUUUCCUUCCCAUGGUCCCUUGCGGUUCAUCACCAGUCACUCGCGUUUUGCGCUCGCCUCUACCACAAGAAAAACGAAGCGCCUGAGGAGGAGGCUGGGAAGGAACGAUGAGAGACGGUUGUUUUGCCAGCUAAGCGUUGCUAGUGAUGACGAGCGAGGAGAGAGGGCUCUUUUCGCAGGUUAGAUAACUCACUGAAACUCGCUAAUUCCAAGCUAUAGAAGAGCUUCGUGACAGCAGCGAAUUGAUGCUUUUGUUCACGGGAAUGCCGUAGCUUCAGAAAACGCAAUUAUUCACAAUUUUUGCCUCCUGAAUAUCUAUCUAACCGCCUCACUUCUUUCUUAUUGUUAAGUACCGGUAACAUCAAAGAAAACGACGAAGUUGUUGAAAACAUUUGCAUCCUCUUCUCUGAGCUUGUAGACUACGGUAGGUUGAUAUACUUGUGUAUUGUAUUUUUAAUUUCCUUGUAAAUUAAAUUGGGGAAAGGUUUGUUGCCUCAGUUGACAUCGUAAGCUACAGAUUGUCUUCAUUUCCCGGUAGUAACGAACUCAUUUUGCACUGUUGACUUUUUGAAAGUUGGAAAGUUCAAAUCCUCAUAAAUUAUUUUCUCAAAUUUUGCUUUAGUUAUGACUGAUUGGGUAACGGUACUUCGUGUCGUCCAAUUUAUUUUUAUCUACAGUCAUAUUCGCGAUUGAACAAAUGGGAUUCCCGCGAUGUUGUUUAACUUCUCCUAUAAUUAAAGACAGAACUGUUCUCCACUCAGUCAUUAGAUUACCUUUAUUUAUCACUCACAGCACAAGUACUAAUACUUUUCGUUUCCUUUUACUAGAGGACAUCAAAGAGGAAAUGAAACUUAACAAAAACAUCACUAGCUUGCUCUCGGAAGCCAAGACAAAGUUCUCGGAUGAUGAGCACGAGGUAAAACUGUACUUUCCUGAGUGUUUUCUUUGUCUUUCGUCGUUUGUUACUUUUGUAAGUUCUCAGACCAAGAAUAGAGACCUGUAGAUUCAAGGACAAGGACGAGGUUUGACGUAAUUUUUUUUUCGCUUUUUCUCAAAUACCAGAAAAGCUAGCACGAUUAUUUUUAUUGAAGGAUGUUAAGCCCUCUUCCGAUCGCAAAAUGAUAAAACUUCUGUUUCCGUCACUACGACAUUUUCGCUAAAACGGCCGCUAAAACUCGUAUCAAGCAAAUGGCGACAGCUAUCGCGUUUUCCCGCCAAAAUGACGCUGCGGGUUCACGCGCGCGCACUACUUAAGGUCUCUUAUUCCCCUGGUGCCCAGGGGCCCGUUUCUCGAAAGUCCCGAUAAUUAACGGGCCCGGUAAGCUGUCUCCGUUUACAUUAAAGAUCGGGGUUUCAAUAGUUUUGCAUCUAACAUGAUAAAACUGUCAGUAAAUGAAACUAAAUGGAGUAGUUUGUUAGCCAGGACCCGCGCUCCUUAUUCUUUAUAUUUCGAUUUGAAUAUUUGAUUUCGGGCCCGUAAAGUUACCGGGACUUUCGAGAAACGGGCCCCAGAUCUGUUGCCGACGUAGAUCCGGCUUCGUCAACAAGAGAUCUGGGUACGAGAUUAGGUCUCUAAUAAGGGCCCUCUUGCUUCAACGACAACAAAUUAUGUACAAUGAGAACCAAUCAAUAGAAAACUUGUCAUUGAUGACUCCGCAGGACUUACUUAUGGCGGCAGAACGCGGUUUGAACUUGCUGGAAGGUGGUCAGCAGACAGGACGAAGGAACAGCUCCGCGCGAUCCAGACCAAGAAGUGUUGCGGGAAAGAGAUAAUAGUUACCAUGGAUACCAUUAUUCUCACAUUAUUCAGGAAUGACUAUACUGCUCUGUAUUUGAACAUAAAGCGGCCAUGUCACGCUAUUUGUUAUCUUUUUAAGAAGCCAAAACUUGUCUUCGCAUCAAUUGAAUUUCAGAAAUGAUGAUUCAGGUUUUGUUAUUUAAAACUGCAGGGAGUUUUGGCAUUGACAACGGCGACGGCAGCGAAUACGUCCCUUUUAAAACUGAAUAAGCGUUUUUUCAAACUUUGUCGCGUUCAUUCCAAUUCGCUAGAAAUGUCUAAUGUAGGCAAAUUUCCCUGGACUUGAUUUCUUGGGGACCGCACUCAAGUUUAGAAAGAGAAAGAAAAUUUCGUCGUCGCUUGUUUACGUCCUCCAUAAAACGUGAAAUUAGGCAUUUUCACGUCGUGGCCGUGCAGUAUUGGCAAAGAAAUGUACAAAAAAGCGUGAUGCACGUGCAAACUUGUUGUUUUGCUCAAUAAUCCUAGCGCUGUUAUGACGUUCUCGUUGCCGCCUCCGCCGUCGUUGCUAAAACUCCCUUAUAUUUGGGCAUUGAAACUGUUUUCUGUCGUCUGUUUCAAUAGAUGACAAGGGUGGACAUGGGUUGAAACUAAUUAGUGCACCCUGAUGAAAUUUAUUUCAUACAUGUAUCUUCUUCACAUCUCUUACGGAGCAUUUUGUAUAUGGGUACUGACAGGAUUGUUAUUAAGAGCCGGGGGCCGGGGAUUUCCUCCGGCUACUAUGAAUGUAGCCUCCGGCUACUUUCAUUGGAAAAAAGAAGAAAAAUAGAACCAAAAGAAAUCCCUAGCUGUUUGGUUCCCCGUUGUGUUGACCCGGCAACUUGAAAUCUUAGUUACAACCCUGGGUAUAGUCACUAAGAAAUAACUUUAACACAGAAUUGACCUCAAACAGCAAUGUACUCAUGACAUUGCCCUUUUAACCGCUUAUUGCUGUAACUAUAGCUACACUCAAGCUUAUUUUAAUGGAAUCGUAGAUAUAUUUCACUUUUCGCAUUGUUUUCCUGUCGUACGUGACCAUAUAACAUUAGGGAGCGUAAGCAACGACGGCGGCGACGGCAACGACAGGGUGUCCAGUUCCUAUUUUUUCCUAUUUUUUAGCUAGUGAAGCCAAGAUUUAUAACAAAAUUGAAAAUAGAAUUAUAGUUGUUCUAUGUGUUUUUUAAUGAGAUUUAUCAUAAAGCAAGUAGUAUGUUGACUUUGAUGUUCUAAUAUUAGUAAACAUAAUAGUUACAUUUGUUCUUUCCAUGACCUCUAUUGCUUAUUAGAGUUCUUUUAACAUCUUGUUACUUUUUGUAUAAUUUUCUAGUGCAGCUACAUGUAUUGUAUUUAGUGUUCUAGUUCUCAUGACUAUAGUCACCGUGAAUAUCGGCGAAUAGUCACCGAAACGUAGUAUAAUUACAUGGAUGAUAAUUCGAGAAAAUAACAUAAAAAAGAGACAUAUUUUUGAAACGGUUUGGGGGCUUUAAGAUUUCGGUCGAGGGCGGCUCUUAUCGACAAGCUGGUUUUCUUAUAAUAGCUGCCGUCGAUUUUCCUCACGGAAACGUGAAAUUUUGCCAGACAUUUUAGUUCAUCGACUUCCUUGUUAUCUAUUUCAUUUUUGAACUUUUGCUGCUGUUGAAACCAUUCUGUAGAACAAAAUAUUUCGCAAAAGUUACUAAAAGUUGCCGACACUUACAUACCAGUUUUCAGUAAAUUGUGUUACUUGCAAAAGAGAAAGUUUCUCAACCUACCUUUGAAUAGCUUGACUCCAAAUUUUGUAGCAUCUUUUGUUUUUUGAGGAACAGCAUUUUCUUUUUUUUUUUUUUUUAAAUUGAUCAAUUUCCGACUUCGAAACAUCAACAAAGCUGGCUGCCAUUUUGACAACUGCUACCCUUCAACGUUAUAAUCACCACGUGGUGAUUAUAGCGGGAUGAAGUGAAGCUCCUAGCCAAUCAUAGCACUCAAUUUUCGAUAAUCAUCAAUUUAAUUAUACUAAUGAAUAAUAUUGUGCAUAGCCCACUGAAACUGCGUUUCAGUAUCUGUACAUGUUAUAUUUUAUUUUGAAGUCUUGCUCGCUUUUAUGUUUAUCUUUGAAACUUAAAACAGGAUCAAGUUGUCCCCUCACAACACAGGCCAGAUAAAUUAUCCAAUCAGCGUCUUGUUUGAAAAACCAGUCCCUAGCUGAAUCGGGAUGCUACAUGAAACGAACAGACUAAAGUUUAGUUUACGGCACUAGCUCUCUUGGUGAGCCCUUAUUAACAGCUAUACCUAAGCAACUGACAAAAGAUCCAAUAUUUUGGUUGCGAAACUGGUCUUUCAGUCAUAGCUAAGUAGAAUGUUAUGUUCUUCUUAGAACUUAACCAUGACACACUCGCAAUCUCGUACCAAAUAGAUCAGUGUCAUUUUGCGUACACCGCGGAAAGCCCGGUUCCGUACUUAAAAUUAUGCGGUCUUUUGACUUAAACAAGCAUCUUCUCAACCAGCUACCAAUUGCAGAUUAAUGGAAGAAAAGCUUUCCAUAGGACUCGUUAGUCCUACUUCGAUAUCCUUCAAUGACUACUCAAUCGUAAGAAAUUCAGUUCUAUCCUAAGAAAUUUCACUCUUCAAAGCUUUUCAAAGGUUUGCGGCCAACUUGAAGGGAAUUUUCAUAUGAUCACCUUUGACUAUUGAACAACGCUCGACCUGUAGUCAAGCAUACAGGCAUCAUUCUGAUGACAGCCUAACUGAGCCAAUAAACUAAACGUUACUGAUCAUUUUCACUCCCUCUUAGCUGCGAAAGUUGAUCUAAAUCCUACGAGCGUCGAAGCUGAAGCUUCGUAGUGUUUAUUAUAACCUUGAUGGGGUGCAGGGAGGGUAUCUUUGUCAACAAAAUUUACUAUUGACUUUCCUAUUUCUCUCCUAUUUUUUAAUGUAGAGUUUCCUAUUUUUCCUAUUUUCUCAAUCCUGAGUUUCCUAUUUUCCUAUUUUUUUGAGCAACCAUGCCACUGGACACCCUGCAACGAGAACGACAGAAAACCAAUAGGUUUAGAUUAGCAAAACAACAAGUUUGCCCGUGCAUCACGCUUUUCAGUACAUUUCUUUACCGUCGCUGCACGACUACAACGUGAAACUGCCUAAUUUCACGUUUUGUCGAGGAGGUGAACACAACGACAACGAUUUUCUUUCCCUUUUGCUGAACUUUGAAACAGUCGUUUAGAAUUCAACUCCAGAAAAAUAUGCCAGCAUUUAACGAAUUGAACGAGUUGGAAUAAGCGCGACAAGGUUUGAAGUAGCGUGAUUUCACUUUUUAAGUGACGUUUUCGUAGCCGUCGCCGUCGUUGUUGCUUAAGCUCGCUAUCAUCAGGAUGUAAAAUGAUUAUUAUCCAUGGCAACUGGUCAUGAAAAUUUUCCUUGAACAGUUCUGCGCAUGUAAUAUAUUAAUUGAAGGAUGAAAGACAGCUUAGUCCAAGAUCGCUGGCCGGGAUAUUUAGCCUGAGAAUCAUUAGAAGCAAUUUGCGCCCUGCUUUUACCACUCGACGUUUAUUAAAGUAGAAUUGAAUUAUCACAAAGGGCCGUAAUUUCGUCGAGAUUGAUUGAUUAUUGUAACGUGCGACCUUCUUAGGUUUAAGUGUAAGUGUGAUCUGGGGAUGCCCGCCUGAUCUGCCCAGGCCGGGUACACCCCGACCCCCGCCUUCGUUAAGUCUUCUCUAGGCCCGGUUCAGACGCCGCUCCACUCAUGUGCCGAACCUAACUGAUGAAUUAAGUACGGCAAAAGAGCGGCGUCUGAAUCAAUUUGAUACGGCAGUUUUAGUUUGGUGCGGCAAAAGCGUUAAGUUCGACAGAGUGUGUCGAUUUUUUGUCGAACUUAACUUAGGUUCGACACACGGUACACCGUCUGAAUCAGAUGUCGCGCCAGUGUCGCUCCAAAGUCGAACUUACUCAGUUAGGUUCGGCACAUGAAAAGUACGGAGUCUGAACCAGGCCUAACUUUGUUAAUCAUAAACACUAGUCAUCGAAACACUGUAAAUGAUUAGACUAUACAUAUAUUUUGGGUGUAGUAUAAUUUUUAUAUGAAAGCAUAAAACAUAUCAAUAAAUUCAAAUGUUUUUAACCAAUUUUGAUAUUGUUCGUUUAUUUUAUUUUGAGAAACAAUAAUAAAAAUAAUGAACAAUUCCUGAAAAUGAAAACACUUAAUAGAAUCUGCCAGGACCAGGAGGCUAAGAUUGUAAUAAACGCAGGGGCAUUUGACACUGAUGCGGCACCGUAUAUCAGGUAGAGGAAAGAGUACUUCAGGACGAUUUUGAUGACAAGAGUAUGUUGGAAAGUUUAUGAAUGGUGCGCGCGAUGAAAUAUUUGCAAAUUGUAAACAAUAUUUGACAGUAGUUUCGGAGGUAUCGUUUCCGUCGCUUCGGUGGUUUGGCUUGUUACAGAUGUUUUGUUGAAAUGAUAAACUAGCCUGCAGUGCAGGCUUAUUUUGGUGCGGGCGAAAGUUCGUACUGUUGCAACCGCCAUCUUAUGACGGAGGAAGAUUAGGGAGAGUAAAAAUAGUAACCCUAAGGGUAGGUGCGAGGGCGAAAGGAGGAAAGAGGGGAGGGGGAGGGGAGAAAAAAAUCUCUCUCCCCGCCCCCUUCCCCGCUCCUUUUGACUCGCCCCAUUUUCUCCAUUCUUUUCGAGCUUCAACAUCGCGCUGUCGCGAGCAAAACAUUCGUGCGCCCGAAGAAAACGCCUUCACUGCAGGCUAAUGAUAAAGUAGUGGCUAUAAAGUCGAACCUUCAUAACAUCAAAAUCCAAAAACAUCAAAAUUUUACCAGUCAAAGCCUCACAGUUGGAACCUCCAUUAAACGACCGCCUCCUGUAAGCGACCGCGACCAUUUUUUGGGCCUGACGGUUAAUGAUUUUUCACUGUUUUUAACCUCUUGUAAGCGACCACUUGACGCAUUCUCUGACCUCUAUUUUCGCUGUGUACACUAUGCUGCUUAGAAUAUACGAAGAAAUUUAGUGACAACAUGGAACUACACAUGUCUUAGACAUUGCAUGCAAUAAAUUAUCCUCCAUAAAGUAGAUGUGCCUGAACCUCUACUCGGAAGAGACCCCCUCUGGUUCGAUUCUUGUAAGCGACCACUCAGUCUUUGCAUUUUCCGUGGUCGCUUACGGGAGGUUCGAAUGUAUGUCAGUAGGUUUUUGUUUCUGCUAUUGACUGAAGCUACUGUAGGUCUCUAGUUUUGCCCCGGCACGAAAACAAUAUGGGAUUGAACUUCAGCUCACACAUGAGGACGGUGAUUUCACGGUUUUGUAACGUAGAGGCUUAUUCUAUUUUGCGAAACGAAACGAAACGAAAUAUAUGGGAGAGGGAGAAAAAAACUAAACACAGCUUAAGACAACAUUGACAAUGUUUUCGGAAGUAAUAGUUAACGAAAAAUGACGGAUUUUUACCUUUUUCGCAAAGUAGUAAUUUCAAUACAAUUACUAUUUUGCGAAAUGGCGUUUUUUCACCUUUAUUUAGCAAAUAUGUCCUUUUCGUCUGAAACAAAUUGUGUCCACCAAUAAAAAUGAUUAAUAUUUCGAAGAGUCUGGUGACUUCUCAUUUUAUUAGCCGUACUAGAACACAUUUCGCAAAGUAGUAAUUUUGCCAGAAUUACUAUUUUACGAAAUGGCGUUUUUUCACAUUUAUUUAGCAAAUAUAUCCUUUUCGUCUGAAACAAAUUGUGUCCACCAAUAAAAUGAUUAAUAUUUCGCAGAGUCUGGGCACCUGUCAUUUUACUGACCGUACUAGAACUCAUUUCGCAAAGUAGUAAUUUUGCCAGAAUUACUAUUUUGCGAAAUGAAUUAUCUAGGCUCUUUUGUGAUGCAGUGAAGUUGUCUUUGUGCCAUAAAAAUAUGUGUAAUAAUGUAAUGAUAAUAACAAUUAACAAUAAUAACAAUUUAUUAUUUGUAAGGCGCAAAAUAGCACUUAAAUAUGAUCUAAUGUGCUCAUUGCGUAAACAUCAAUUCCUGAAAAGUUCUGAACUCAAGACUUCGUAUUUUUAUGGGAGAACGCGGGAAUUUGUCGGCAUUUAAGUCUGUAUUUGAAGGUAUGCUUUAAAAUUUAACACGGAUGUGUGUAUGGUGCGUACUCGAAUGCAUUCCUUUGUUCCUUUUUUAUUGCAAAAGAAACAAAUACUUGUAUUCUGGGUAGAAUGUAUUUCGUAGAACGCUCAAUUUAUUUCAAGAGCAUUCAUUUGACUAUUAACAACUUCACAGGAGCUCAGGCUUUAGGAGUAAUCAUCGAUCGUUUAUUGCGACAGUGCUGUUUCGUAUGGUCCAAAUUAUAGGACCACACUAAUGUAUAUAUAUAUUUCGAUAAAAAAAAACACAAACAAACAAAGAAACAGAGAUUCAGUCCAUUGUUCUCAUGGAGUGUUCUAUCAAAGAGGUGCUUGAGAGUUUUUUCUUUCUUUUUAGCCAUUUCAAAUGUAUUGUUCAUGUUUUAUGUUUACAUGUGUUAUCCUACUGUCAAUGAACCAUAGAAAAACGUUUAUAAAAGUUCGCAAGACAUCUUGUUUUGCCAUUGUUCGGAAUUACUUAUUGCUCUAAAAAAGAUGCUACCAAUAUCAGGUCAAUCAGGAGCUCGGUGGUGGGAAAUUGCCUCCUUCUCCAUGCCCAGAGUUUAAAAAGAGACCUCCAGAAAAGAAAAAAAAAAAACCAUUGUAAUUGCCCAGGCGGAAGGGGGUGGGGGGAGGUGGUAUGGUAAUAGCUCAAAUUUAACCAUGCAUAAGACUAAAUCUAACUUCCAUUCCACGACUGUCCACGCCUUGCAGGCAACACAUCAUUUUCAAAAGAGGUGUAUAGAGUCAAAUAAAUUCGAACCAACGUGUGAAUGAAGGCCGUGCCGCGGCUACGGUAAUGGCAUAAUCCGUUUCCUGUCACUUUUAUUAGAAUACCUGCCCGGUAGGAGGUACUCGACAAAGUUUUAUACGUGGAGACUCCGCCUCGAGUUCCGACCCCUUAACCUUUGCUGUACCAUUUUUGAUGGUAAAGGUACCCCUUUCACAUAUCUAGGCCAUUCGUGGGGGUACCCUCCCUGGAUACCUGCCAAGAUCACGCCUCUAGGACGACUCUAACACUCAUGUCUGGGUUCCAGUUACUCACGCUUUAAUAGCUUGUUUUUGUUAUACUUGCGAAAAAUGUACAAGCAACAAAAGCUCGAACCAUGCAACGUGAAAAGGAAUAAUUCAUUUGAAUAAAUUAAAUUUUCCAGAAAACUCCGAUACACCUUGGCAUUCGUGUGAUAUAACUGGAAUUCCUGACUUUUGUAGUUUCAAUUUAGUUUAACAGCGUGACAAGUGCUAGUCAGUCAUAAUUCACGUGACGUGUCAAUUCCAGAAAUUGAGUAACUUGCAUUUGCGUAAGUUUUCUUGGUGUACACGUGUCGAGAAAAGUUUCUCUGUGCUCGAGGUUUUUAUAAUCUAUCAGGAUUAUGGCAUUUUUAAAAAUUCCAGUUAUCAAGCAAACGAAUGUUGAAAUGGUACCAACUCAUAAAGAGAAGGCAAAGAGGUUUUACUGCGUAGAUAAAGAGUGUAUUCUUCCAAGGCACCCUUAUUUCUGGAGAGGUUUGGCAACUGUCUCUACCAAUGUCCAGGGGCGCUUGAAAGAGAGUCACAAGGAUCUUCUAUAUGCAAUGCUAAAGUUUAGAUGAGAAGAGAAUAAUGCACAAAGCUAACUCAACUAAAGGAAGAGUAAGAUCUCAAAAGCCCUGAUUGCUACUAAUAUGAUGCCGCCUAUGAACGAUAGAAAAACCAAUUGCGAGUGUCCAUCUUGUACAGCUUGAUGUUAUUGUGCAACAUUUUUUCAGUUACCGCGCCUCUGAAGUCUCAUUCUUAACGAAAUUGUUAGGGGCAUAGCCGGCCCAUGCUGAGAUCUGUAGGCCCAAGCCUAAAACUUUUUGGUUUGAUCAUUCUACCGCUUGUAAUAAAUUAUGCGUUGUUGGAGUGAACUAAAAAACUUAAGUCUGUUGGUGAGGUGGGUGCGUACUAGCAGUGCGUGCAAUUUUCAGGAUAUGUAUGUCAAAUGAAAGUCAGCCAGGCCUACAACUAGUUGAAAAGUUGGCUACGCCCCUGACUGCUUGCUGAUCGUGGUAGUGAGCUUUCUUUGCAUGUCUGAUCCACAACAUUUCUCCUGUAUCCAUUCGCCUCUCUAUUAAAGUUUUGCUCAAAUAAAUUUUCAACAAUGUGAAAGGCCGUCUCCUAUAGGUUUUGCCGCGCGGAUUAUAGAUGGCCUAAAAAUCAAAGUUGCAAUGACAUUGGGCCUAUUACCGAUUACGAGAUGGACGCUCUAUAGCUUCAUAGGCUCCUCAUUACGCCCUGCUCCUUAUUCCCAGUAAAUUUUCACAACAACAACGCAACAAAAAUGAGUUUCAUAUUAGCUGAUGAUAUUUGUUGGUGAGGUGAGGCACGCAUAUUUGUAUUUUCCAGGUUAUUUAUUUUCUUUUCAUGAUUUAUUUCAGUACCGUGCCGUAAACGAAAAUGGCGCACAUAAUAAGAUGAUUAUCGCAAUAGUAAAUGCUGCUGAUAGGAUCAAGGGAAUAAUCUAUCUCAAAAAAAGUAACUGGUUUGAUAAAAAUAACAUCCUACUAUACGUAUCCCAUAAUACAUCCAAAAUUAGUUAGUUGAGUUUGGUUAACUUUUUGGAAUACUUUAAUCAAAUUACUGAGAACGGGGAAUUGAGAACCAUUAUUUUAAUCUUUAGCAAAUCAGAAAUUUCUUUUGAUCCUUUUUGAUAAUGUGAUAUAUUAGUUUUUAAUGGAACGACUUAAAAACUUUGUAAAUUUCAGUAAGUCGUUAGCAUUAAUUUGGUUUGGGGUUAUAGCAUAGAUGCACAAAUGUACAUUGUUUUAUUUUUGAUCAAUUUAUGAUCAUACGAAAACGAAUGCCCUGUUUCGGCAAAGGUGAAAAUUGCUAGCUUCGCAAAGUAGUAAUAAUUUCUUGAAAAAUUACAACAUUUUGAAAUGACUUUUAAAUACGACUUUUUAAUAACGGUAAUAGGACUGAGUAGAGUCCAACUCGGUCUGUAAUCAUACGAGUGUUUACCAAAAUGGACGACACAAAGACCUGGUACCAAUUAAUCCUAACCAUUGCGAUUCCCGAGAAAAUAAAUGCAUUCAGUUUUUUGGUGAAAGAGCUUUUAAUACCAGUUAUCCAAAAUUAGGGAAACUUUCCCCAAUUUGUCUCUGAGAGACACAGUCUAAUGUCACAAAUUCGUCCAUUUUGGAGAAUCCCCAGUUUACUAGGGUUAUGCUUGCUGCUAUGGUUCUUGGGAUAACUUCUGUGAUUGGUGGAUUUUGCUGUGUGCACUUAAUAAUGAGUUCUAAAAAUAAAAUGAGAAGUCUCCAGAGUCUUCAGGAAUUGAUCAGUAGUUUCAUGUUUACACUUAUUUAUAUGGCAAGAAAACAAAUUUAAAGGACGACAAACAGCUCUUUUCGCAAAAUAUUAAAUUUUGGCAAAAUUACCACUUUGCGAAAUGAGUUCUAGUACAGCCAGUAAAAUGAGAGGUGCCCAGGCUCUUUGAAAUAUUAAUCAUUUUAUUGGUGGACACAAUUUGUUACGGUCGAGAAGAACAUAUUUGCUAAAUAAAGGUGAAAAAACGCCAUUUCGCAAAGUAGUAAUUCUGGAAAAAUUACUACUUUGCGAAAUGAGUUCUAGUACGGCUAAUAAAAUGAGAAGUCACCAGGCUCUUCGAAAUAUUAAUCAUUUUAUUGGCGGACACAAUUUGUUUCAGACGAAAAGGACAUAUUUGCUAAAUAAAGGUGAAAAAACGCCAUUUCGCAAAGUAGUAAUUCUGGAAAAAUUACUACUUUGCGAAAUGAGUUCUAGUACGGCUAAUAAAAUGAGAAGUCACCAGGCUCUUCGAAAUAUUAAUCAUUUUAUUGGCGGACACAAUUUGUUUCAGACGAAAAGGGCAUAUUUGCUAAAUAAAGGUGAAAAAACGCCAUUUCGCAAAGUAGUAAUUCUGGAAAAAUUACUACUUUGCGAAAUGAGUUCUAGUACGGCUAAUAAAAUGAGAAGUCACCAGGCUCUUCGAAAUAUUAAUCAUUUUAUUGGCGGACACAAUUUGUUUCAGACGAAAAGGACAUAUUUGCUAAAUAAAGGUGAAAAAACGCCAUUUCGCAAAGUAGUAAUUCUGGAAAAAUUACUACUUUGCGAAAUGAGUUCUAGUACGGCUAAUAAAAUGAGAAGUCACCAGGCUCUUCGAAAUAUUAAUCAUUUUAUUGGCGGACACAAUUUGUUUCAGACGAAAAGGACAUAUUUGCUAAAUAAAGGUGAAAAAACGCCAUUUCGCAAAGUAGUAAUUCUGGAAAAAUUACUACUUUGCGAAAUGAGUUCUAGUACGGCUAAUAAAAUGAGAAGUCACCAGGCUCUUCGAAAUAUUAAUCAUUUUAUUGGCGGACACAAUUUGUUUCAGACGAAAAGAACAUAUUUGCUAAAUAAAGGUGAAAAAACGCCAUUUCGCAAAGUAGUAAUUCUGGAAAAAUUACUACUUUGCGAAAUGAGUUCUAGUACGGCUAAUAAAAUGAGAAGUCACCAGGCUCUUCGAAAUAUUAAUCAUUUUAUUGGCGGACACAAUUUGUUUCAGACGAAAAGGACAUAUUUGCUAAAUAAAGGUGAAAAAACGCCAUUUCGCAAAGUAGUAAUUCUGGAAAAAUUACUACUUUGCGAAAUGAGUUCUGGUACGGCUAAUAAAAUGAGAAGUCACCAGGCUCUUCGAAAUAUUAAUCAUCUAAUUGGCGGACACAAUUUGUUUCAGACGAAAAGGACAUAUUUGCUAAAUAAAGGUGAAAAAACGCCAUUUCGUAAAAUAGUAAUUCUGGAAAAAUUACUACUUUGCGAAAAAGGUAAAAUCCGUCAUUUUUCGUUAACUAUUACUUCCAAACACAUUGUCAAUGUUGUCUUAAGCUGUGUUUAGGUUAAUAAGCAUUUUUUCUCCCUCUCCCAUAUAUUUCGUUUCGUUUCGUUUCGUUUCGCAAAAUAGAAUAACGUAGAUGCGCCGCGCUGAUUUUGAAAGUGGACCCUACGGGAUUCAAAGCCUUGACCCCUGCGAGCGCAUAGGAGCGCUGCACUGGUAUCGAGGGUCUUAGUCCCAUACAAGCACAAGCCAGCCUGAAUUUUAAAGGCUUUCUUUUCGGAACUGUUAAGGUUGCGUUUAUAACUGCGAGGGCCUUCCUUACGCUUUAUUUGUUUAAAGAGCAUUAUUCUCACCGAACGACAAUGGGAAUCUAAUUAACGCCAUUGACGGGCCACUUUUUAGGCAUGUGGCAACUUAUAAAACAGGUCAAAGAGCGAUUUUGAGAGCAAGACUUUUAGCUGGCCAUGGUCAUCGCACAGUUAUACCGGCAAUAAAGGGAUUUUCAGUAAAUACCUAUGAGGGUACUAAGGGAGUCACACGAUAUUGUCAGCAAGUCGAUGUCAUCUGUUUCUUCGAUGAAGCCGUUUAGUGGUAAACAGUACAUUUACAGACAAUUCAACACAGGCAAUAGGUUGCAUUCUAAAAACAUAGGGGAAAAACACAAAUCUUUCGAUAAUGGUAAGAAUAGGGUCCGUAAACAGAUAAGGUAAACAUAAGAAAAACUAAAAUGAAGAUUGGCUAGUGAUAAGUAAGUCAAACACUAACUCCAAAAUUUAAAGCCUGCAUAAAAGGAAAGUUGAAAGAAAGAACAAUGACAUAUUUUCUUAUCACAGCCAGAUGUUAUUUUCCCCUGGAAACUCUGACCUUACGAGGCAUACUGAAUUUGUGUUACUGUGAUUAAAAAUAAACAUUAAUCAAGAAACACACAGGCUUUCAGUCCUAUUUCAAGGGUACGAUGUUAAUGUGUUUGUCAAAACAAGUACAUUAAUUAGUAAACGGUAUAAUGUUUAAACCAAGGAACCUUUCAAAAUUGAAUUUUUUUUUCUUGCUCUAUAUUGAUGUAACAGGAAAAACCUCUGACCCUCCGUUUUUUUUCUUCAAGUGGGUUUUGCAAAGGGAUUGUAGCAGGUAGCUAUGGAUUUUAUUUUCCAUAAGUUUUCUCUUUGUUGUUCCAUUUUCAAGUCUACAAGAUUAACCAGGGGCACCCAACGUCAAUUUUCGAAAAAUAUCUGUUCGGAAGACCAUUUAAGAUCGAGAAUUUUCGGAACAUUUGUUGUAAAAUUUCUUGCUUGCCUGCCUCUCCUAGGAUUUUCGAACAUCUAAAAAUUGUAAUUGUAGUUGUAAUUGUAAUUGUAAUUGUAAUUGUAAUUGUAAUUGUAAUUGUAAUUGACCAUUUUUAAUAGCCUGAAUUUCAUCCGAUUACUUUGAGAGAAGAAAACGACUCGAAGCAAUCGGAUGAAUUUCAGGCUAAAUUUUUAUCGGAUUUUUACGCUUAAAAGGUCACCUAGAAUUUUCGGGAGCCUUUUUUCUGGCUUAAAUUUUCGAAAAGGUAAGUUUUGAUCCCUAUAAUUUUCGGAUCACUGGACUUUCAGCUAGGAAAUCCGAACAGAUGAAAAAUUUUUAGGGGACAAAAAUAUGCCUAUAUAUCUACCGUUUAAAUGCUAAAAUACGUUUAACAAUGCUUUGUUUAAGUGGUUUUGAACUAUAUUCUCGUUCAGCGGGGUGCCCCUGGAUGAACGUUUUACUCAUCCACUGCUUCCACAUUUAUGCUAGAACCCUAUACUCGGAGCAAAGAAAAAAUAAAAUACUAGCAGUAAAAGUUAAGCUAGCAAGAUAACAACAAUUAACGCUGCAAGUAAGAAGGACUAUCAAUUUUCAGAAACUGUACUUUCUUCGACUGAGUUUCUUCGAUUGACCAACUGAACAUUCGUUCCCUCUUGAUACAGUAAGCUUCUUUAUGUUUGAUUUCUUGCCUAAACAGAUAUGGCGUUUUCGCUGCAAAUGCUAAUCUUCGUCAAACUACUUACAACGGUUACGAGCGAUGGUGAAUUCUUGGGAGGAGUAACAACUGCAUCUGCGAACGCUGACGAGAAACUAACGGCAGAACUGGAGGCCUUUCGUCAGAUCGUGGGGGCCCUGUCUCGACAAGUCAUGCUGCAGCAGAUGUUUGUUGAAGAACGCAUCAGAUCUGAUGGUGAUUCUGGUGUAAAGCAAGUGCGCCUCAGUAACAGUGGAACACGCAACUACUUUUCAGAUACUCAUGGCAACUCUGGAAGACUUAUGUCUAUUCAUGAACACGCAAACAACAUCCGCACGGUGGGCCUGGGGGAGUUCAUUGGCGUCCUUAAUGGAGUAGAAUUUAGGACAAGACACAACGACUACCGACUCUACAUGGCAAGCAAAUCCAGCAAAGAAUACCAUGCAACGGAGCCGAUUCCAUUUCCAGAAGUGCCACCAGAGGUGAAAAAUAAAGCUACCGUGGACGAACAAAUCGUGGAGAUGCGUGAGUGGUUCAAGGCAUGGAAGUUACAAAAUCACACUAUUAGAGAUUACAGGAAGUAUUUCAAGCCUGUACUGUGCUUUCUAGAAGGCGCAUGGACCACAGCAACAAAAGACAUCGAUGAACCGUUUGAAAGUGACAGACAUUUUAUUGACGCCCAAACAUGGUUCGACUUACAGGAAAAAGUCCGCUUUACUUCUUACACUGGCAGAAAAGACAAUCUUGAAAACUUUUCCUUCCUUCCAACCACCAUUAUCGACAUUAUCAACGAAACGAUCCCUGUCUUUGCUCAAUGGAAUUACCGCAUUUUGUGUCACCCAGUGAGUCGCGAUAUCCCCUUAAACAGGUUUCGUGUGGUUGACGAUUUCCAUGCCAGGCUUCCUGCGCGAAGAAAAUACGACGAACAAAAAAACUUCCGUGCAGCAAGAUUCCAAAUCAACCCUCGAGACUCGGACACGUGGACCGAAAGAUACAACAAUCCGAGGUAUACACUGCUUGAUGAGCUUAUGAGCGAAAUUCCUGGAAAAGACAACUAUCAAGCUAAUCUAACAGAUGAGGCAUUUGACCUGCCAGCUCACACCAUUGACCCAAAGAAGAGCGGAAAAAUAAAUGCCGGUUACUACCAUCGCUGGUUUAAAGUCUUGGAGAAAGACGCAAUGGGCCAAUCCUUUAGGCGUCGUGGCUAUGCCGAUGAAAACCUGUUCAUGGCCAUGACUACCCAACCUAAAGUGGCUGGUAUGACGCUCAAGACCUGCAAGGGGCCCAAAAAGCGGCCGAGAUGUAAGACGGUCAACCAAAAGUUUUCGUACGCCAUUCCACUUGAAAUAAUCUACAUGACACCACUAAACAGAUGGAACCCAUUUAACCUUGAAUAUAAAGGUGACGAGAGGACGCCGUACGGAAAGACCGUGUGGCUUGGUGGUCGCUAUGGAGGAAGAACUCCGGACAAGGCUUACAAUGGCACCAAUAGUAAGAAGUACUAUCUAACUCCAUCGGCCUUCUUUUCAGGGAAGGAAGUUAGCAGCGACGCUGCAGACACCACAAAGAAUAGCGUUGGAGUUUUGGAUCGGAAUGGAAUUGACGUUAGGAUCACUCGAGCCAGCGGAACACGAAUCUUUCUUCCACCCAUUAAUGGCGUAGGGAUCUGUCGACAGCGAUAUCCCAUAAUGCCAGUUCAUGGAGAGGGAAGCGCUGUUUGGAAGGAACUUGAGGCAACUAAAGAUAUCCUGAUGAAAUCCAACACCUAUAACUACAUCUACAGGGAACCACUUGCAGGAAAAACCGGUGUUUCCCCAACGGAACCUGCGAAGAGAUCCUUGACUUUGAGGAUGGUGUCGGCGCAGAAAACACCCCCAGGACCGCAUAUUCAUGAAGUCACUUUGACACCAGAGCAGGUGGAGCUUGCUAUGAAAGGAAAACCUAUCAAGAAUCUUAUCACCACAACUGGAGCUGGUCACCAACAUAAAAUAAGCAUUCAAAGAAGAAACAACAAAUGGUUUGUAAAUUACUGUGCUGGUGGGUGUGACCAAGGGGUGUUUCGAUGCUGUGACAAACAUGGCAUGAACUUAAAUGUGGACCCAAAUGCUUAG